AUGUCCGGGCUAGAACCUCUAGCUGAAGACAAGAGGGAAAACCUCGUGCUUCUAAAUCGGUAUCGCUCGGGAAUGGGCCGGCUGAGCAACCUAGGGUGGUAUUGCGGCAUUCCGCUCUUUGAUGUCUCUGAAGGGCAGAAAACCCGACGAUAUCAACUCCUCCCACGCCCAGCACAACGGGUUUCGCAUUGGUAUCCCCGAAACUUCUCGGGCCAGCGCGGACCGCUUGUGGGCGCCAUGGUGAUAAUCCGUUCUUGGGAUGAGCCGGCCAAGACGGUGCGGGGUCAAGUGACAGAGAGGUGCUACUCUUCCGGCUCGGGCGGAGGCGCACGUAAUUGGGCAAGAAACACGGGAUUGACGGCUGAGCCGCCUGUAAUCCAUCCAUGCGCCCACAAUCAUGGACGCAUCAUAUUCAAACGAGGUAAACCUGCUCAGUGA